AUGGAGGUCCUGAAGGAGAAAGUGGAGGAGGAGGAGGAGGCCGAGCGGGAGGAGGCAGCUGAGAGGGCGGAAAGAGGUGAGAAAACGAUGAGGCCAGUGGAGGCAAAGCGGGAGGAAGCCAUCAUGACGCAGGAGAUGGUCAGAGAUCUGCAGAAAAAGCUGUCGGCCAUUGAGCUCACUGUUCCAGAGCUGCUCUCGGCCUUUACCAAGACCACCAUGGACACCUCCAAGCUGCCGCUGUCCUACCAGAGCAACACGCUCAAGGAGGAACACCUGCUGCAGGUGGCUGACAACUUCGCCAGCCAGUACAGCCACCUGUGUCCAGACCGCGUGCCCCUUUUCCUGCACCCGCGGAAUGAGUGUGAAGUGCCCAAGUUCGUGAGCACAACCAUCCGGCCCACACUGAUGCCCUACCCUGAGCUCUACAACUGGGACACCUGCGCCCAGUUUGUCUCCGACUUCCUCUCCAUGGUUCCCCUGCCCGACCCCCUCAAGCCGCCCACCCACCUGUACUCCUCGACCACCGUGCUCAAGUAUCAGAAAGGGAACUGCUUCGACUUCAGCACACUGCUCUGCUCCAUGCUGCUCGGCUCUGGCUAUGAUGCCUACUGCGUCAACGGCUAUGGCUCCAAGGACCUAUGCCACAUGGACCUAACGCGGGAGGUGUGUCCGCUCAUCACCACGCAAGAGGAGAUGGUGCAGGAGGAGGAAAAACCUCCGCCGAAGAAGUACACCAUCAAGCCGCCCAGGGACCUGAGCAGCCGGUUCGAGCAGGAGCAGGAGAUGAAGAAGCUGGAGCAGAUCAAAGUGGAGGAGGAGAAGCGGCGGCGGGAAGAAGAGGAGCGCCUCCUGGACAUGAUCUUUGACCUGGGAGACCCUGUGAAGUGGGAAUACCUGCUCUUGGGGACUGAUAAGCCAUACCUGGCCACAUCUGACGAAGACGACGAAGUGACGAAUGAAGAAGACGACGACAUGGAGAGCUCGGGCAAGGAGGAUGAGGACAAGAGCUUCGACAUGCCGCCCUCAUGGGUGGAGCAGAUUGAGAUCUCCCCAGAAGCAUUCGAGACCCGAUGCCCAAAUGGGAAAAAGGUGAUCCAGUACAAGAAGGCAAGGCUGGAGAAAUGGUGUCCAUACCUCAACAGCAACGGCCUGGUGUGCCGCCUCACCAUCUACGAGGACCUAGCGUGUACCAAUAUUCUGGAGAUCAAGGAAUGGUACCAGAACCGGGAGGACAAGCUGGAGCUGAAGCACAUACACAAGACCACGGGCCUAAACGUCGACUACUUCAAGCCGGGCCACCCCCAGGCUCUGCGAGUGCACUCGUACAAGUCCAUGCAACCGGAGAUGGACCGCAUCAUGGAGUUUUAUGAAUCGGCCCGGGUGGACGGCCUGGUCAAGAGGGAGGAGACGCCCCUGACGAUGACCGAGUACUACCAGGGGCGCCCCGACUUCCUCUGCUACCGCCACGUCAAUUUCAGGCCCAGGGUCAAGAAGGUGGUUCAGAACAGUUCAGAAUCAAACCCCCGGCCUGUGGUGAAGAUCACGGAGCGGUUCUCCCGCAACCUCGCCAAGCACGCGGAUGAGGACGUGGAGGAGCGCGUGUUCCUGAUCCUGGAGGAGCGAAUCCAGCUGCGCUAUCACUGCUGCGAGGACCGCAUCACCGCCUCCAAGCGCGAGUUCCUGCGGCGCACCGAGGUGGACAGCAAAGGCAACAAGAUCAUCAUGACCCCAGACAUGUGUAUCAGUUACGAGGUAGAGCCCAUGGAGCACACCAAGAAGCUCCUGUACCAGUACGAGGCCAUGAUGCGGCUGAAGAACGAGGAGAAGCUGUCCAGACAUCAGGCCUGGGAGUCAGAGCUGGAGGUGCUCGAGAUCCUGAAGCUGCGGGAGGAGGAGGAGGAGGCGCACACGCUGGCCAUCUCCAUCUACGACACCAAGCGCAACGAGAAGAGCAAAGAGUAUCGGGAGGCCAUGGAGCGUGUGAUGCACGAGGAGCACCUGCGGCAGGUGGAGGCGCAGCUGGACUACCUGGCCCCGUUCCUGGCACAGCUGCCUCCGACAGAGAAGCUGACGCGCUGGCAGGCCAUCCGGCUCAAAGACGAGUGCCUCAGUGACUUCAAGCAGCGGCUGAUUGACAAGGCCAACCUCAUCCAGGCCCGUUUUGAGAAGGAGACCCAGGAGCUGCAGAAGAAGCAGCAGUGGUACCAGGAGAACCAGGUGACCCUGACGGCCGAGGAUGAAGACUUGUACCUGAGUUACUGCUCUCAGGCUAUGUUCCGCAUCCGCAUCCUGGAGCAGAGGCUCAAUCGACACAAGGAGCUGGCCCCACUGAAGUACCUGGCCCUGGAGGAAAAGCUCUACAAGGAUCCACGCCUGGUGGAGUUCCUCAAGGUCUUUGCUUGACGAUCUCCUGCUCCUCUGUUCCCUGAAUGCCCUUUAUGGGACUCAGUUGAAGGUGCCAGCCCCUUGCUCCUACCCUCAGCUAAUGACCUGGCCCCACUGCCUUCCACCCACCCAC